UUGGUGCAUCGCUGAUAACAACAAACAAAAAUCUACAUUCCUUCAUUGCUUAACAAUUUUACUUAUUUUGUUAUUUAAUUACUACGAGUUAAAGCAACGAUUACAGGAAAAUAAGCAAAUAAAUAAAUGUGGAUGCUUAUCAACAAAAGUAGAAUGCGUAAAGUGAAGGAAAUUUUCCACGAGUGAAACAUUUAAACUGUGAAAACAAAGGAAACCACUUCAGUGGGUGAAUGGAAAUGUAAUAACCUAUUUCACAAUUUGACUUUCUCUUGAAAAGCGAUUUUCCAAGCGAAAACAUGAGUGCAACAUACAAACGUGAUAAACUCUUUAAAUCCUGGACUGGUAUCAGUGAGGUGGCACUCAUAAAAGAGGUAGCCACUAAAGGCGAAAACAUUGAUCUCUGUAUUGAGUAUUGGGCACGUAAACGCAAAUUACAAAUAGCGGAAUAUGAGCAAUUCUUUCAAGAUGUUGUACAAACGUAUGUGCAACGACUGCUCACCGAACGACUGGUGUGCAAGGCCGAAAUGGUAUUAAACAAUGUCAAGCGGGAUGUGAAAAGUUUCUACUAUCAAUUUGCCUGUGAGUGUGAUGAUGAGGAACUACGCGAACUUGUGAUCGAACAUCUGCAAAAGAAAGAUCCACAAAAUUAUGAGACUGAUAUGCUACAAUUACAAUUCUAUUGGGAUUUAUGGCAGCAACUACAACAGUGUCCCGAAUUGUUGGCGAAGUGCAAAGUGCAACUGCGACGCGUUAAUAUUGAAACGCUAGUGCAUUGCGAUGAAUCAUAUCUAAAUAAAUUGUUAGCGGAGUUGUAUUUUCUGAACAACAAUCCAUUGCUUUUAGAACGUUUGGAUAAAUAUAGUUUGUGGUACUUUUUGGUAGACGAAGCUAAAUUGGCACAAUUAGUACGCUGGUGCACUUUAGCGGGACAGCUACCAGAUGUGGAGUACACAGAAUUGGAAGUAUUAUAUUGUGAGUGGGAGCUGGAAACGGAAAUGUAUGAAUAUGCAUUGAAAAGUUUAAAAGAACCUAACGAAGCGAUACGUAACUGCUUUGCGGCAGCGGGACACUUAUUUGCUACUGAAAGAAAUGAAGUGGCUGUGGUGGUGCGGCGGCUUUGUACUACCGAAAGCUUAGAACGUAACCGUGAAAUGUUAGAAAAGUUACCGAUCGGACACUUUUUACUCAAGCGUGGCCUGCACAUGUUGCUGUUACGCGAUUUUGUAAAAACGCGCGAGUUGGAGGAAAUGUUUGAGGAAUUUCCAGAUGAUGAACAAUUGCUUAAGCUUUUGGUAGCAUUAAAGGAGAACAAAACCGAUGAGUUGGAAGAGUUCGGAAAAAUUUUCCAAGCGACUAAGUCGUAUCUGGAGCAUCAAGGUGUAGAUUUUAACGCGGUCCAACCUUUAGUCACAUUAUUUGAUUUCCUCAGCAAUGAGCCGAGUGUGGAGACUUUGAUUUGCUUCUUGCACACCACUGGUUUACAAAACAUUCCAUAUUUGAAAACAUUAUCCAUCAGAAAUCCAAAUCACAAUAGCGAUACGAAUAUCUCGUCGAAUGGCGACAAUGGCAAUAAUGGGCAAGGGAAGAAUAUGCCCACACCUUACGAUUUUCUACGCAAAUUCAAACACAUAGAUAUAAAAGAAAUCUCCAAGGAGCUGCCAGACACGCUAGCUUCGUUCUCUAAUGAAAAGUUGUGCGCAAAAUAUGCUCGUAAAUAUAAGCUCAAUUUUCUGCAUUAUUUGAAACAGCAACGCAGUAGCUAUGCAGUCUACUACCUCAUCAUGGACCAUCUGCAACAGUAUGGUCAAUUGACCAAAGGUCACCUCUUUAGCGCCUGCGAAACUGUUACCGAAUUGGCACUGCAACACGCCAACAACUUUGAGCUGGUGACACACUGUGUAGCCUUCAUCGAGAUGCUUGGCUAUGAUUCACAGUGUUUGCGUAAUUAUCUGAAAUUGUGUCGCUUGCUGGAGGAUGAAGAAGACGAAACCAAUGUGGUGGCCAAAAAUUACACACAAUUAUUUGCGCGCGUAGAAACCAUUUUGGUGCAACGUAUAAACAAAGCGCCAACGCAAUUUCCAUUAAAAGAUUAUCAGGCACUCAUGCGUUUGGUUGCCUGCAGCGGUCAACGUCAGUGGCCCAUGAAAGUGAUGCAGUACUAUGCCAAGGAGGAUGAUUGGUGGCGACUGCUGGUGCUGAUGCAAUACUUCGACGUACCGUUAUCACAGCUGCAAGUGCUGGUGGCGCAUUUUGAGACGCGCGCCAUGGGUGAGCAUAUGUUGCGUGCAUUCUUGUGCGAAUUGCCCGCGCAGCCGAAGCGACAUGCCAGCUUUUCACGUCAGCAUAAGAAACCCACGCGCAAAAGUGACGGAAAUCCACUAACUACCUCAGCUGAAACCAUCACCUCCUCCGUUAGCUCGGCUUGUAAUGACCCCAACAAUGCGCUCUUCCGCACUGCACCCAGCCAACAACGUCUCCAUUUCUUACCAGACGCUUGCGGACGGCUCGAUCUCUUUGCAAUUGUGCUGCUCAGCAGCACGCCCAUCAAUGAAGAGCAGGUUAGCAGCGCCAGCAAAUUUCUCGAACUCAUGCAGGAUCAGCAUACGCAUGCGACUUCAUGGAAUUUACUCAGAAACUGCGUAAAAUACAGACUGCCAGUAUUAGCGGUGCUUGCGGCCACGGUGCAUCAUGCAAACAUCGAGUGGCAGUGGCUGGUAUGGCUGGCGGUGGCUACAAAUCAAUGGGCUGAGGUGCUGAAAUGGGCUACACAGGAUAUACAGCAAGUUACCUGGUUGCUGGUGGAGUCCGCAGUGCGUCACGGAGAUACGGCGCUGCUACUGCGCAGUUUUCGCAUUUUCUUCAAGGACAGCGCCUUCACACAUCUCUGCCACUUUCUACAGCGCACUCAACACAAACGCCACUUCGAUGAUGAAGAUGUCCACACGCUGCGUCUCUUUCUGCUUGCGUGGAGCAAUGAUGCCGUCGCAAUGCCUUUCUGCGCCACACUCGCACGCCAUGAGCUCAUGCAGCACAGCAUACGUCUACUGCUUGUGCAUUUGCAGCACAAUUUCGACUCGACCUUGGAGCAACAGAAACUCAUUAGCUGCAUGUGUCGUUCCGAUAUGAGCGACAUCAGCGUCAAAAUGGACUUUUGUCGUUUGCAUGCCGUUUUUGAGGCGCUGCAGACACGUCUUGGUUGGGCCGAUUGCUACACAAUCGAUUUCGAGCAACUUGCCGUUGAGAAUAAUCAGGUAUACGAGCAACUAUUGGAAGCUUUGCGCGCGAAAGGCGAGUAUGAUGUGGCUGUGCGUUUGGCAACGCUGCUGCAUCAGCCCAUCAGUGAUAUCGUCUACAGCAAAUGGGUCACUAAGCUCGAAACAGCUGAGUCGACUGAUGGUGACGAGCCGUAUGCGUUGAGCACAUUUCAACUUUACGAAAACGAAAUUGCUGAACAUUCACUGCCGCCGGAAUUGCUGGUCAAUUUUUAUCUCUACGCUGCUGGUCGCCUCACGAAGCCAUGCGCGCGCAAAUAUCAACUCCUCAAGCGUGCACUUACCGUUAUCAAGCAACAUCAUCUCUUUCCGAAUGAGUCCUUCGAUCGUGAUCAAAUUGAAUACGAAAUGAUAAUAUGCUACCUACAGCUGGAUGAUGAUGUGGCGGCUGAAAUGGGUGUUUACCACUCGGAAUACUACGAGCAGAUCAUGUUGAACGAACGUUGUGUGCUAUAUAAAUCUUUUCUCGAGCUGAAGGAGCUUGCCGGCAUUGAGGACCUCAAUGUUAGCAUAAAACAUCCGAUGACCAAACAAAUGGAAGCGCGUCUGGAGGCUCAACUCAACCUACUGCUGGACAAAGGUGAUAUUGUCGAGGCUUUGCGUCUGCAAGAGCUCUUCGAAUGCCGUCCAAUCGACCUGCGGUUUGUGGUAUUUUGCAUGGCGCUGGCCGAAGGUGUGACCACCAUCUUCAGCAUGUCUUCGGAGGAGCGACAAAUGCUGCGCGACAUUGAGAUCAGCUCAUUCGCCAAAUUCAAUAAACGCACGUUGGAUAGUGGACUGCUAACUCGCGAUGGACAACCUUCGCCCUCAAAAGCAAGUAGCGAUCUCUCAGACAGUUGCUCCACUCUGGAGUUUGAAGAGAUACCUUCCAAGGAGAAGCGCGAAACUUUGGAGACAAUACAAGGCAUUGCUUCUAAGCUCACGUAUGGCGUGAAUAUUGGACGUCGCAUUGUGAUGGUCUAUCGCGCUGCCAUGUAUUUAGACAAAGAGUAUUUGGAUGUCCUGCGCACGAAGGAUACAACAGUGUUGCUGCAAAGUGUCUCUGAAGAAGGUUGUCUGCAUCGUCUGCUGGUUGUGAGUGAUAUCAUUACUUCAACGCAUAUGACACCGCAAGAGAUCGCCGAACUGCUGGCCACCGAACUUGCCACAGCCGUCGUGCGUCCACGCUUCUACAUCUUCACUGCCGAUCAACAAGCGAAAAACGCGAUCAAAAACACGACGGUCUGGGGUUACAAUAUCGAUCGUGAUCUGCAUUUAUUUUUGGAAUUGGUGCCGAACACGACGAAGCUCGGCAACUGUCUGCUAGAAUACUGUGACGCACUGAAGGCAUAUCGUAAAUUUCAAGAUAAUAAACAGUACGAACACAACACGUUCUUCGAGCGACUCGCCGAAAUUAUAAGACGUUACGGCUUGCCAACGAAUAGCAAUAGCAACCAACCACCGACCGGCAUACCACCGAUUACCACGGCAACAACUGCCGGACCGUUACUGCCGCCAGCGCAGGUGCUGUCGCACAAGAAGCAGAAUAUCAUCUAUGUGGAGCUGUUGAUCAAAGCGCACCAAUGCUACGUGCACGAGUGCUCCAUGGAGGGCAUAGCGAAUGUGCUGAACCGCGCCAAGGCGUUAAACGCCGUGCUCACACAAGCCAAGUCUUGGUCGUUAAUUGUGCGCAUGCUCAGCGGCAUCGGUCGCUAUCGUGAAAUGUUCUACUGUUUCGAUUCGCUGCUCAAGAACGAGCAGUUCGAAUCGCUGCUGGGCCAAUUCGACGAAGAGAAGACCAUCGGCCUGCGUCAGGCCAUAAUUACAUAUCUACGCGAAUAUUGUCCGAAUGACGGACGGGAAUACCUGAAACUGACUGCGCUGCACUUCCUCAUGUAUCAAGAGCUGGCCGAAAUGUGGGAGCAGGAUGCGCAGACUGUGCUGGCCAAGAUCAUCCAUCAAGCGGCUGUGAGCAGCGCACAAUUGCCCGAAAAGAUGUCGAUGGUCAAUUUGACAACGGCAAAUCCGACAAAAACCUUCAUACCCAAACUACGUUGCACGCCCGAGCUGCUUAUGCUGCUGCAACAAGCUAUGGAAUAUUACACGCAUGCGACGGAGAAUUAUUUGCUCGACAAUAAACUGCUGCUGGCACAACGUGUCGCCUCGCUGGCCGAGAUGGUGGCUGUGCAAAUUGAUUUGGCCAGCAAAGCGCUGGAUCGCAAUUCGAUGGAGACGCACCUAUGCGUGUGCGUCGUGAAUGUGCAGACGCGUGAGGAGUUUCGUGAACUCGUCAAUGCGGAGUUGAGCGUGCCGCAAACGCUUAUACUAAGUCGCGCUUGCGGCUUCGACAUAAAUUGGGCUGAAGUGUUGCUCUCGCAAUAUGUCAUACUCGGACAGGCGCAUUAUCUGCCGGAGUACUUGCAACAUUUGCAAAUCAACGAUAAUGUCAUUGAGAAUACCGUUAAAGGCUUCCAACUCUAUGCGCAGCAUCAUCGUAUCAGCGCGCGCAUGGAUGAGCAUUUGGCACAAUUGGUGGCGCUGGUCAAGUCUGUAGCACUCAAAUACAAGUUGGCCUCGGUGCUGAGCCUUAAAACGAUUGUGAUGUCGCUGAUCAACGAGCAGACCGCACACUAUUUGCGCGAUACGAAUUUCGGACGAAAUGAGAAUCGCAAUUUAAACGAUAUGUGACGUUGUUGUAAACUGUUUAGCGCGAAUACUGAGCGACGGCAAUGUGAUUUCACGUUCAAUGUUGAUUUUUUGUUUCGAUUAUGGAUUUUUCAAAAUUUUCACUAUGUGAUUUAGCGUAGUUUAUGCUUUAAGCGUAAAAUGUAUGGAAUGUGAACGUUCAAACAUUUUCAUUAAAAUUGAUUACAAGAUUUAUGCUCGAAUCACAUAUACACAUACAUACAUACAUAUAUAUUUAUGAUAAGAAUAAAGUGUAUACAAAUACUUUUUUACUCAAAAAUUCAGUUGUGCUGUUUUUAUUUCAUUUUAGCAUAAUUUGCAAAUAUAAUAAUAAUAAUAAUAAAAUACAUAUUUUCAAAUUUUGUACUUAACUCAGUUUAAUGAGAGUUAGGAAAAUAUGAAAAAUAAUGAAAAUAUGUUAAUAAAACUAG